AGUUUGAUGGCACUUAUAUGAAGGUAGGGUCAAUCUAGACAGGGAGGUUCAACCACGACUCAACACUGGAAGACUCAUCCCGGAAUCUCGUAACAUCUGGGUCCUGUAGUCCACGGGUCGGACGUAUUGGCGUGUAGAAACUCGCCAGAAGCAUCAUGUCCGGUCGAGCCAAUCCAGGGUCCACUGUCCCACCAGGGCCACCGCCUCGAAAAGGUGAACCCCCGCCACCUGCAGGCACGGGUCGCACCUCUGGCCGUGGUGGACCUCCGCCCCGCCUCUCCAGCCAACUGGAAAGUGAACCUGUGGGGGGAUCUCGGGGUAGGGCGCAAGAUGCUUCUUCAGGGAAUAUUCCGGGCGGGCCUAGCGGGAGAGGGGCAGCCCAAGGGCUGCCACCCCCUAUCGCUUCGCCGGCCAAUAAAGCUCUGUUUAAGCGGUCGCCCUUGCCCAUUAUGGGUGCCCCGCGUGGCCCCACCCCACCCCCACAUCGGGCUAUGGAUAGCGGGAGUGGUAGCGAGUGUCCUAGUUCGGCGAUUGAAAGCCUGACGCUGGAUUCGAAUGGCUCUGCUGCCACGGGAGUGGGCACCUUCCCAGACUCCACGAAUGGAGGGAACAACGGGCAGGCCAAAAAACUGGGUGUUGCAGAUUCAGCAAUAUCGCUCGGACGCGGCUCUUCACGAGGUCGUCCAGAUAGGAGAACUGAAGUGUUCAAAACCCGCCCUGAGGAAUUAGUAUCCAAACGUGGAAGUGCUGGGGAUGCAGUUUCGCUUUUGACAAAUCACUUCCAAGUCAAUUUCCCGACGGAUUGGGCUUUAAAGCAGUACAGGGUCGACUUUUCCCCAGACGAAGAUAAUCUUGGAUUCAAGAAGGCCAUGAUACAUCAACAUGAUGAGAUCCUUGGAACAUACAUUUUUGAUGGAUCUAUUAUCUUCACUCCACAAAAGUACUGCGAGCCGAUGGAUUUGUUUUCUAAAUCCAGGGAAGGGAAGACUUACAAAAUCAACAUUCGUUUGGUUGGAACCGUGAAACCAACUGACGGGCACUUCUUUCAUUUUCUCAACAUCAUUGCCAGAAACUGCCUCCAGGGUUUAAAGCUGCAAUUGAUUGGCAGAAACUACUUUGACCCACAGGCACGAACUACCUACCCCGAGUUUAAACUAGAGUUGUGGCCAGGCUAUAUGACGUCCAUUCGACAGCACGAGGAGAAAGUUCUUAUUUGUUGCGACUCUGGUGUCAAGAUAAUAAGAACAGAUUCCGUGUUGGAACAAAUGACACAGAUCAGAGAUCGAGGAGCCAUUUUAAGGAAACUCUUGGGAUUAAUCGUUAUAACAAGAUACAACAAUCGAACCUAUCGCAUUGACGACAUAGAUUUUGGGAAGAAUCCAGAAUUCAAAUUCAAGAAAUCUGAUGAUAGUGAGGUGUCGAUCAAAGAAUAUUUCAAACAAAGGUACAACUUGGACAUCAAGAAUGCUAGUCAACCCUUAUUGGUGAGUCAACCAAAAGCUCGUGAUGUACGUGGUGGGCGAACAUCUCCAGCGCUAUUGGUGCCAGAGUUAUGUUUUAUGACUGGAUUGGGCGAGGAGCACCAAAAUCCCAGAGUGAAAAACGCUCUCGGAAACAACAUUAGGCCAACGCCAGAUAACAGAGUCGAAACACUGCUGAAAUUCUCCAAGAGAAUGCAAAGCACUCCAUCUGUGGUCAAAGAGCUGAGCGGGUGGCAAAUGAGUUUGUGUCCCGACAUUCUCAAAAUUCCUGCCAGGACUCUAGCCCCUGAAAAGAUUCGCCAAGGCAUGAAUAAGGCUCCACUCACUUAUGGUGUAGACAAUGCUGACUGGGGAAGUGGUAUUGGGCGUGGGAAGUUACUUAGUGCUGCUCCCCUAGAGCGAUGGAUGGUUAUAGCCCCUCUAAUGUUCAAAGGGCCGACGGAAGAAUUCGUUGCGAUGAUACCCAAAGUUGGAGGAAGUAUGGGUUUUCAAAUACGAAAUCCGUUGUUCCACUUUCUGCCCGAGAGGAGAGUGUCUAAUUACGUUACCAAACUGCAAGAGGUGGUGAAGCUAAAACCAAGCAUGAUAAUGAUUGUCAUUGAUGGCGACGAUGUUUAUAAGGCUGUCAAGAAAACCCUGUAUGUCGACAACGCCAUUCCUUGUCAGGUGAUGAAAAAAAGCACCUUAAUGAGACCCAAAGGCCUGAUGUCCGUUGCCACGAAAGUGGCCAUUCAGAUGGCUGCUAAACUGGGUGCAGAACCAUGGGGGGUAGUGAGUGUUCCGAAAAACACAAUGAUUAUUGGAUACGACAGUUUUCACGACACCGCGAAUCGAAAUACUUCAGUGGGUGCCGUUGUAGCAUCGAUUAACAACGAUCUGACGCGAUUUACUUCAUCUUGUACAUUUCACAAGAAUAACGAGGAAUUGCUGAAUCAAAUGGAAAUGUGCUUCUCUAAAGCAAUUCAAGCCUACCAAAAGGCCAAUGGGGGACUGCCUGAAAGAUUGAUCGUAUAUCGUGAUGGAGUGGGUGAUGGCCAAAUUGAAUACGUGAAAGAGACUGAAAUUGUUUCAAUUCAAACAGUAUGCCGAAAGCUGCACUUCGAGCCAAAAUUGACCUUCAUCGUGGUAUCGAAGCGCAUAAACACCCGCUUUUUCAAACCAUUGUCCGGCUCUAAAGUGACGAAUCCUCCUUCUGGAACUAUUGUCGAUGACGUGGUAACUCUUCCAGAAAGAUACGACUUCUUUCUAGUCUCUCAGUCGGUUCGGCAAGGAACAGUCAACCCCACAUCUUAUAAUGUCAUUGAAGACAACUCUGGUUGGGGCCCCGAUAAUAUCCAAAGGUUGACAUAUAAGCUUACUCACUUAUAUUUCAAUUGGCCGGGAACUGUAAGAGUUCCAGCUCCCUGCCAAUAUGCUCACAAGUUAGCUUAUCUAGUUGGAGAGAGUCUCCACAAAGCACCGAACGAAGCUCUGGAAGAUCUAUUAUAUUAUCUGUAGAGGUUACAAACCCACCAUGAGUUAACUAAAGUCUUAAAAAGUUCAUUCAUUGGUCUAUGUAUGUCAUUGUCGAGCAGAUGUCGACAUAUUGUCACUCAUUUGUUUUUGUGCUCGAGAACUUCAUUGAAAUACAUUUUUCGAAUAAGAA